AUGGGGGAGAAGGUGGAUAUGGGGCCUUCUAUAGACCUGUAUAAGCAAAUCCGUACCUUCCUUUUUGCUAUUGAUGAGAUUAACAGGAACCCGGAUCUGUUACCCAACAUCACCCUGGGAUACCGUGUAUAUGAUUCCUGUGGGGAUCCCCGUCUCGCUAUAGGGAGUGCCCUGCAGAUAUUAUCUGGCCCUGGGAAUGUGGUGCCUAAUUACUCCUGUAGGGGCAAAGGGGAAAUUGCUGGAUUUAUUGGAGAUCAGUCCUCACUCACAUCCCUGCCUAUAGCCCAGCUGCUGGGUGUAUAUGGAUACUCACAGAUCAGCUAUGGCGCCACAGACCCUACACUGAGUGACAGAGAGAUGUUCCCAUACUAUUUUAGUACAGGGCUGAGUGAUGAUAUUCAGCACAUUGCUGUGGCAGAGCUGGUGGAACAGUUGGGUUGGACCUGGGUGAUCAUUGUGGCCCCCGAUAAUGACAGCGGAGAGAAGCAGAGUCGGAACCUUCAAAAUGAGAUCAGCAAACAUGGCGCCUGUGUUGACAUCAUUAUCUUUAUUACAGAAGAUGCUGAUACAAAUAAGAGAAAUUUUGAAAGAAUACGAAUAUCAACUGCUGAGGUUAUUGUCCUGUGUGGGACACCAUCUGAUUCAGGUGUAUUUACCACCUACUGA